UCAAUACAGCGGUCUAAAGUGUAUGCUCCGUUAGUUCACUGGCUGCAGUGCCAGUGGCACUGUGCCACAGCAGCCGUACUGGCGUGAAUGGCCAAAAAACCAUCAACGGGACAGUUAUCAAUACGUUAGUGUCACUCAUUCUAUACGUGAGGCCUGCAUGAGCAAUCUAACAUUUAACGAUGGCUAUCUUAUCUUGAUCAUGGAGGUGUACGUCUGUAGCGAAGCCUGUAACGAACUCGUCGACUACAGCUGUGUGUGAGAGUACCGAAUGUAGCACCCUGCGCUGAAGGAAAGGGCUACGCCCUGUUCAUUUCCCCGCUAAUACGGUGACCCGGGUCGGGUCACCUGACGUGGUCGGUUCGUUCUGGACUCGCUGGAGCGAUUUCAUUCCUCAUUUUUUUCCUUUCACCUUGCUUCACUCUCAGAGAGCGUAUAGUUCCAGUUGCGAUAUAUGAUACUUCAUUGAGGCUUACAACGUGGACGGGGCUAGUGUGUUUUCAGUCGGUGUUGCUGCUGGUUGGGACAGCUAUUCACGUCUCCUCAGAGCCGCAGUGAAAUUUCACUUGAACACGUGAGUUGGGAGUGAUCAACUGCUGGUGAUCAUCUUCCCUUGUCUUCAACAAUCGAACUUCCAUUAUGGAAGUCGUCAAACAGAAGCUGCGUCGAUACUGCUAAUUGCAGGCUGAUAUUCCCUGCUUUGUUUAGUUGAUCGUAAGUUCUUGAUUUAAGCGCACGCGCAAAAACGCGUGUGGACGUUUUGAAAUCUUGCAAUCUUGCGGUUCAUGAGAUUGUGUCGCGGUGACACGCGUACGCUCAUCACACGCAUGUUUUUCGACAGCACGGAUCGCACACACACUGGGUUUCCGACCAUUGAAAGGAUGGUUAGAAACGACUUGGACAACUUUGACGACUUCUUACUUGGAGAAGCCCGUGUUACGCUGCCAAUCGGUCAAGCGAUGGAUCAUGAUACGGUGUCCUUCUCCCCUGUUAGGGGACAUAAUCAGCACGCCAUGAGCACGGACCACGUAGCAGGUGUGUCCGUCGGCAUGAUGGAUUACAUUGGUGGACAGUACGCUCAAGACGGUAAGGAUAUGACUGGUGUUCGUAGCAGUCGUGAAGUAAUGGCGGAGCCUUUCCCGUUCACAGGGGAGCCCCUCGGGGCUGGGGGAGGGGCUCUUGAUGUGGCUGGCUCGCCAACCUCAUCAUUUCCUGCAAUCAAUAUGGAUCUACACGGGGGGUAUGACUAUCGACUUCUCUCUGGUAUUGCUGAUGGUGGUAAGAUGGUAGUCCUUCCAUUCGAUACUGGUUUGGGUGGAUCCAUCCCGAUGGGUUAUGCUUCAAGGCCAGGAGUUGCUCCGGGAGGAGGACCAUUUACGUCACUCCCUGAUAUGACUGACGUGACAACGCCGUUCGUUGGUCACCUCAGCAGUCAAGGAACGUAUCGUUAUCCUCACCAGCCGAGCCUUUCUCUGAACUCUGCAUCACAGAGUACUGCCAUCCCAUAUAAAUCAUCUAUCAAGGUGAUACGACGAGUCAACGGUUACGUCACAAGUCUGCGAGCAGGGCGGAAACAGGCUACUGGUCCCUAUCGGUCGACAUUGGAAGAGUGUCUCCUCGAUCGAGAGCGGAUUCGUAGAGUGCAACGCGAAGGAGGCCUGUCUAAUGCUCAGCUCCUGGAUGUAGUUGAAGAGAUGAAGUGUGCCGCAGAAGGUAGCGGUGCUAGCAGGUUUGGGUCUCGCAGGAAUCAGAAGUCGGAUUAUACGGCACCAGUGGGGGUAAGACGUAUGAACAAGGGUUUCCGAGCCAGUGUCAGAGUCGAUGGUCGUGAGGUUUAUGGCCCUUUGCGAACUGAUGUGGAAGAGGCGGGCAAGGACAGAGCUGAGAUGCUGGGCUUAAGGCAUGCAUUGGAUGUCCCUAAGAUGAGGGAAUUCGUCAAGUCGUUAGCGAGCAGAAAGGCCAGGAUCGAUCUGACCAGCGGAACCUCGAUUGCCGAGACAGGGUCCGCACGACGGAAGCAUUCUCAUGUCCUGCCAACGCAGCUUGGAUUAUGAGUCUUUUUCAGAUAUGUUGUUCAAAGAAAACUUCGUAUUUUGCUUCCUUGUAAAAUUAUAUAAUUUUCACUCUCAGAAUCAUCAAUCAUAGCGGGUUGGCCUUUUUUGCGAUGUCAUUAUU